AUGGCGUACAUCUUGAGAUCAGCGGCCCGUAAGGGUAUUGAUAUUCUUGGGCAUGGGUCACCCCGUCAUAUACAUGCAACUUCCUAUGUUGCUGCACAGGCCGUUCCAAUGAGUCGCUUUGAAACAGACAGAUACGUUGAUUACGACAAACUGCAACACAAUGUCAAAAUUGUCAAGAACAGACUUGGCCGGCCGCUGACACUUUCGGAGAAAAUUUUGUAUGGCCAUUUAGAUGACCCCCAAAAUCAGGAUAUUAAAAGAGGUGAUAGCUACCUCAAACUGAGACCCGACAGAGUGGCCAUGCAAGAUGCCACUGCACAGAUGGCAAUGCUCCAGUUCAUUUCUAGUGGCCUUCCAAAAGUCGCUGUACCAUCCACCAUCCACUGUGAUCACCUCAUUGAAGCACAGGUAGGAGGUGAACAGGAUCUAAAACGAGCUAAGGAUCUUAAUAAAGAAGUGUAUGAUUUUCUGGCAACAGCAAGUGCCAAGUAUGGCGUAGGAUUCUGGAAACCUGGCAGUGGAAUUAUCCAUCAGAUUGUUCUGGAAAAUUAUGGGUAUCCCGGUGUUCUGCUUAUUGGUACAGACAGUCACACACCCAAUGGAGGUGGUUUAGGGGGUCUGUGCAUUGGAGUUGGUGGAGCUGAUGCUGUGGAUGUGAUGGCCAAUAUCCCUUGGGAGUUGAAAUGUCCCAAAGUGAUUGGUGUCAAACUCACAGGAGAACUCUCUGGAUGGACCUCACCUAAAGAUGUAAUCCUGAAAGUGGCAGGUAUCCUCACCGUCAAAGGAGGUACUGGCGCAAUUGUUGAGUACUUUGGGCCCGGCGUGGACUCCAUUUCUUGCACAGGCAUGGGCACAAUUUGCAAUAUGGGUGCUGAGAUUGGUGCAACAACUUCAGUUUUCCCCUACAACCACAGAAUGCAGGACUAUCUCAAGGCAACAAGCAGAGAAGGCAUUGCGUCACUGGCCAACUCAUACAAGGACCUCUUGUCAUCAGAUGCUAAUGCUGAGUACGAUCAGGUCAUUGAGAUUAAUCUGAGCCAGCUGGAGCCUCAUGUGAAUGGUCCCUUCACCCCUGAUCUUGCCCAUCCAAUCAGCCAAUUGGGUAAGACAGCCAAAGAAAAAGGUUGGCCACUCGACAUCAGAGUAGGUCUCAUUGGCAGCUGCACAAACAGCAGCUAUGAAGACAUGGGCCGCUCCGUCAGCAUAGCCAAGCAAGCACUGAGCAGAGGGGUUAAAGCCAAAUCUGCCUUUACAAUUACUCCAGGCUCUGAGCAGAUUAGAGCCACAAUAGAGAGGGAUGGCAUGGCACAAGUUCUGAGAGACAUUGGUGGUGUUGUCCUUGCCAAUGCUUGUGGGCCUUGUAUAGGACAAUGGGACAGAAAGGAUGUGAAGAAGGGGGAGAAAAACACCAUUGUCUCAUCCUACAACCGAAACUUCACCGGCCGAAAUGAUGCUAACCCGGCAACCCAUGCUUUUGUGACAUCACCAGAGUUAGUCACUGCGCUGGCCAUUGCUGGAGAUCUGGCCUUUAACCCUCUCGUUGAUGAGCUGACUGGGAAAGAUGGCAAGAAAUUCAAGCUGCAGAGCCCUACGGGGGAUGAACUUCCCAGAAAUGGGUUCGACCCCGGCCAGGACACCUACCAGGCACCACCCAAAGACAGCAGCGCUGUUAAAGUAGUUGUUGCCCCAGACAGCAAGCGCCUGCAGCUCUUGUCUCCCUUCGACAAAUGGAACGGGAAAGACCUGGAGGAUCUGCUUGUCCUUAUUAAGGUGAAAGGAAAGUGCACCACUGACCACAUCAGUGCUGCUGGGCAGUGGCUGAAGUACAGAGGUCAUCUAGACAACAUCUCAAACAACUUGCUUAUUGGAGCUGUGAAUAUUGAAAACAAUGAAAUCAACAAGGUAACAAACCAACUGACAGGGGAAACAGGUGCAGUCCCUGACACAGCCAGAUACUACAAAUCAAAGAAACAAGGAUGGGUUGUCAUUGGAGAUGAAAACUACGGCGAGGGAAGCAGCAGAGAGCAUGCAGCUCUAGAACCUAGACAUCUCGGAGGAAGGGCUAUCAUCGUCAAGAGUUUUGCUCGUAUCCACGAAACCAAUUUGAAGAAACAGGGCAUGCUGCCUCUGACCUUCUCCAAUCCUGCCGACUACGAUAAAGUGCAGCCCACAGACAGAAUUUCUCUGGUCGGGCUCAAAGACCUGGCUCCUGGAAAGCCGGUGGAGUGCCACCUGAAGCACAAGGACGGCACAGUUGACAAGAUCUUCUUGAAUCACACAUUGAAUGAAGGUCAGAUUGCAUGGUUCAAGGCUGGCAGUGCACUCAACAGAAUGGCUGAGCUCAGUGGCAAGAAAUAA